AUGGACAUGGAGCUGAGGUUCACCAGACUCAUGGGAGAUCUGGCAGAUCUCGGGAAGGAACUAUCUGAAAAAGAAAAGAAUCUGAAGAUACUUCGUGGUCUGCCAAAAUCUUGGGAAAUGAAAGUCAUCGCAAUGAGAGACAACCGAGACAUGAAAACGACGAGCACAGCAAAAAUUUUCAGUGAUCUUAAGGCAUACGAGUUUGAGCAUGAACCGAAGGAUGUCGAAGAAUCAGAAACCAGAAAUGUAGCUCUCGUGGCCAGCCAACAGACAACAUCAUCUAACAGGUCAAAAUCUAAUUCUUGUGAUUUCUUAUCUGAUGAACAGUAUGCACUAUUUGUUAGGAAAAUGAAGAGGUUCAUGAGGAAGAACAACUUCCAAGACUCACACCGUUCGGGCCACCGAAAGCAACACGAAAGUUCACCUCAAACCGCAAAAGCGGAAACCUCGGACUCGCAAUUGCUGUGCUACAACUGUCGAAAACCAGGACACUUCAAGGCCAAUUGUCCUCAUCCAAUAGUGAGCAAGCAUCAAGACUGCAACACUACCAAACGCCCAUCCAAGGAGACUGGAGAAAGAUACAAAAGAAAUGACAAGCCAGAAUCAUCAAGCUCCAGGAACGAGAGAAGAAGAAAGGCGAUGGUAGUGAACGAAACCUCUGACACAGUUGAGGCCGAAAGUAGCUCCUCGAGCUCGAGUUCAGAUGACGAAAGCACUGAAGAGGAAAAAGGACUACUAUGCCUGUUCAGCCAAGAAUCAGAAGAUCUAUGCUUCAUGGCUGACGAAGAUGAGGUAAAAUCUCACUCAUCCUCUUGUUAUUCAGCUGAGUCCAGUUCUGUAGGGAGUCAAACCUUCAAUGAAUCUGUUACAGAAAUGAUGAGGAGGUUCAAAGUGAUCAAAAGCACAUAUUCCAAACUUAAGGAGGAGAACUCUCGGCUCAUGAUUAGCUACAAUGCGCUAAGGCAAGUUCGGGUUGAGAACAUAAAGCUAGUCAUUGCUAAGGAGCAACUUGAGAAAAAUGUUCUCGCUCUGAAGGAACAGUGCACAACAAGAGAAAAGAGAGAGCAAGAACUCCUUGAAGUCUUAGAUAAAUUCAAUAAUUCGUCCAAUCUAAUGGACCGAAUGUUAAAUGAAUCUAUACUGCCCGGGGAAAGAAUGGGAAUUGGUUUUGACCCCAGCUCCUCUUCACAAGAAAAACAAGUCAUAUGGUAUGUUGAUAGUGGAUGCUCAAGAUAUAUGACUGGUGAUAAAACAAUGCUGAGCAACUUCAUAGAAGUAGAUGGACCCAAAGACGAGUGUAAAAUCGUGAACACGAAGGAUGGCAAGACAGCUUUAACUGGUCAACGAAAGAAGAACAUGUACGUAAUAUCUUUGAUUUCUUCUAACGCUAACGUUUGUUUUGUGGCCAAAAGUAAUGCAGAUCUUAAUCAAGAAUGGCACAAUAAACUAAGCCAUCUAAACUUAAAGACAAUCAGCAAGCUCGCUAAAAGAAAUCUCGUGAGAGGUCUGCCCGAAGAAUCAUACACGAAAGAUAAAAUAUGUGAGGCAUGUCAAAAGGGAAAACAAUUCAAGUCAUCCUUUAAGUCGAAAGAUGUGGAUGCAAACUCUCGAUCUCUAAGUCUUCUACAUAUGGAUCUUUUUGGACCAGUUGAUCCAGCAAGUUUGAGUGGAAUAAAGUGCUUCAUACACAACAAUGGAAAGAAUCAUCUAAGGGCCUUUGACGAAAGAGCUAAUGAAGAAUUGUUCAUGGGAUAUUCCUCCGUAAGCAAAGCAUUUAGAGUUCUAAAUAAACGAACGAUGGUAAUAGAGGAAUCCAACCAUGUUAAAUUUGAUGAACAAUCUGAGAAGAAUCCAUCCGGCAUCAAAACGUCAAACAAUUCGAGUCAAAACCCUCAGCAACGUGUUGAUGAAGAAAUUUCAGACGAAGAAGAUAUACUAUCCUCCUACACGAAAUAUCAUCUGAAGGUUUCUGAGCCCGAAAACACAAUACAGGAAAUGAGCAACGUACAACAAAUCAACCCUAACGUUCAAACACCAUCCGAACCUAUGAUUUACGUACAGCUCCCUGAUAUUUCUGAAAUAGAUGCGCAGGCUCAGCAAAAUACUCUUGAAUCCGAUCUUAGAUGGUUAAAAGAUCAUCCUCCAAAUCAAGUGAUAGGAAAUGUUCAAGAAGGUGUACGAACAAGAGCAUCUCUACACGAAAGCAUGAUGGCAUGUUUCUUAUCACAAAUGGAACCUAAGACCAUAGAAGAAGCCUUAAGUGAUCCUGACUGGGUAAUCGCCAUGCAAGAAGAACUUCAUCAGAACAAAGCUCGUCUUGUAGCCAAGGGAUACUGCCAAGAAGAAGGAAUCGAUUUUGAUGAAACCUUUGCCCCUGUGGCGAGACUUGAAGCCAUACGAAUAUUUAUGGCCUUUGCAGCUUACAAGAACUUCAGAGUCUAUCAAAUGGACGUAAAAAGUUCUUUCUUAAAUGGGCUCCUUGUAGAAGAAGUGUAUGUUGAGCAACCGCCUGGUUUCGUAGUUAACAAUGAACAUGAAAAAGUCUAUCAUCUCAAAAAGGCCCUAUAUGGCUUAAAACAAGCUCCAAGAGCCUGGUAUGAUACACUCUCACACUUCCUUAUCAACUGUGGAUUUAUGAAAGGAGCUGUAGACAAAACACUCUUUCGUAUCAAAGACAAUGAUCACAUUCUUCUAGUACAAAUCUAUGUUGAUGACAUCAUUUUCGGGAGCAUGAAUCCUGUACUUUGUGAAAAGUUCUCAAUUCUCAUGCAAGGCAAGUUUGAAAUGAGCAUGAUGGGAGAACUUAACUACUUUCUGGGAUUGCAAGUAAAGCAAUGCUCAGAUGGAAUAUUUAUCAGUCAAGCUAAAUACACCAAAGACCUAAUCCGAAAGUUUGGCAUUGAUGGAAAAAGAAGUGAGAGAACAAUCACCGAGACACAAGAGGAGAAAAGCGAAAUCUUCAAUGAUCCACUUGUGACCGAGCAAGAGUUGAAUAAAUUUCUUGAACAGUCUCAAUACAUACAGAGUGUUCUCCGUGACCCAACGGAAAAUGAAUCAAGGGAGUCAUUCCACUCUGUCGGCAACCCUAUAGGGUAUGUCAAGGAAGACAGCGUGCUGGAACGAAGUGAUAGUUUUGACUACUCACCCUCGAGCACCCCUCCUAAGAUGUCAUCUCCUCUCAAAUCCACCGCAAGCAGCAAGAAAAAGAAGGCCUAA